CAACUGACUGGCCCCUCUCUGUGUAUAGAACCAUCAACAAUCAGCUGAUAAGACCACCGUCAUCCUCCAUCAGUUUUUACCCCAAACCAUCAGUCUAAAGUCUGAGGGAGGUUGCUCCGCCCAGCCCGGCACCGCCACAGUCAGCCCGCCAUCCCCUCGCCUCGCAGACCAUGAUGUUUCGUGAUCAGGUGGGCGUGCUUGCCAGCUGGUUCAAGGGGUGGAAUGAGUGCGAGCAGACGGUGGCUCUGCUGUCCCUGCUGAAAAGGGUGAGCCGGACCCAGGCCCGCUUCCUGCAGCUCUGUCUGGAGCACUCACUUGCCGAGUGCACCGAACUGCAGGUCCUGGAAGGAGAGGCCAACAACCCAGGGGUGAUCAGCCAGUGGCAAGGCGAGUCUAAGGAGCGGGUCAUAUCGCUUGUCCUUACCCAUCUCCCGCUGCUCAAACCCGGCAACGUUGAAGCCAAGGGCGAGUACAUGCGCCUGCUGCCACGCAUCCUGGCCCACACCAUCGAGCAUGGCCGUCACCUGGAGGAGUCCCGCCAGCUCCUGUCCUAUGCCCUCAUCCACCCAGCCACCUCCCUGGAGGACCGCUCUGCCCUGGCACUCUGGCUCAACCACCUGGAGGAGAGGGCUGCUGCUCGGGGAGACUCACUGGAAAGGCCUCCUCCUUCUGGGCCGCACCACCACCACCAAUCCACGCCUCCAUCCACCCUCUCCUCAUCAGGAUCCUCCUCCUCCACCAACACCUCUUCAUCAGGCAACCUCUUCUCCUUGCAUCACCACCAGCGCUACGGCUCCGACGACCGCCUCAACGGUUGGCAGAGCUCCAGAGAUUCAGGGCUGGGCGGGGGCUGGCACCCGCAGCAGCAGAGCUGUGAGAACGGGCACCUCCUUCUCUACCCAUCAUCCUCUGUUCCGGCAACCAUCAACACAGUUGGAACUGGUGGAGGCGGUAACGCUAUCCUGACGAGUGGAGGUGGCAGCCAGCAGCACAGUCCCCUGAAGCGCUCAGUGUCCCUCACGCCUCCCAUGAGCGGCCCCAGCAACCAGCCUCUGGGCCACGUCUGGCUGUCCCAGGAGGACCUACGGACCGCUAGAGGCCCGGCCCCAGAUCACGCACCUCUCUCACCCCAGAGCAGCAUUGCCUCCUCAGGCAGUGGAGGUAGUGAGCAUCUGGAGGAGGCUGGUUUAGGAGGAGGUUCAGGUCUGCAUCGCAGUUCCUUCCAUGAUGAGGGCAGUGGCAUGAGGGAUGUUCCUGCGUGGCUGAAGAGUCUUCGUCUCCAUAAGUACGCCGCUCUAUUCGCCACAAUGACCUAUGAUGAGAUGAUGUCACUGACCGAAGAACAGCUAGAGGCACAGAAGGUCACUAAAGGAGCAAGACACAAAAUUGUUAUCAGCAUUCUGAAGCUCAAAGAAAGGCAGAACCUACUUCGCAGCUUGGAAAAGGAUGUUUUGGAGGGCAGUAAUCUGCGCGCCCCGCUACAGGAGCUCCACCAAAUGAUCAUGACGCCUAUCAAGGCUUUCAGCGGCGGCGACGAGGCCUCCCUGCAGCGCCCCUUGCUAAGCCCUGAGGGAAAGAGCGCAGCGCCCGGCUCCCACCUGACUGGGGUUGGUGGAGGUGGAGGGGAGGCAGAGUCAGGCACAAGUGUCAUCGCAGAGGGGGAUAUACCCGGCCAGUUUACUCGUGUCAUGGGAAAAGUUUGUACCCAGCUGCUGGUGUCGAGGUCAGAUGAGGACAACAUCAGCUCCUACCUACAACUCAUCGACAAGUGCCUUAUCCAUGAGUCUUUCACUGAGACACAGAAGAAGAGGCUGUUGUCAUGGAAACAACAGGUCCAAAGGCUGUUCCGGUCCAUUCCAAGGAAAACCCUCCUCGAUAUAGCAGGGUACCGACCGCAGAGGAGCCGUUUCGGCCAGUCCAACUCGCUCCCCACUGCUGGCUGUGUUGGGGGCAACGUGUCGGCCAGGAGGAGCCUUCGCCAGUUCCAGAUGCCCUCCAGGAGCUUGCCGGGUGCCAGGCUGGGCCUGCUGGGCAGCGGGGGGUUGCUGGGACCCACACCUCGCAGCUCCAGCAGCACACCCACUGGUCCCAAGCAGGGGAGACAGGGUCUCUGGUUUGCCAACCCCGGGGGAAGCAACAGCAUGCCCAGCCGGACCCACAGCUCCGUGCAGAGGACCCGCUCCCUGCCGGUUCACACCAACCCACAAACCAUGGUCGUGUUCCAGCAAGCCGAUCUACAGUUACCAGUGACGGAGCCAGACAUCAACAACCGCCUUGAGUCUCUGUGUCUGAGUAUGACAGAGCACGCCUUGGGAGACGGCGCUGACCGCACAUCAACGAUAUGAAAUGAGGACCUGAGUGAGAGCAGUAGGACAGCGCAGGUUCCUGAGGCUCUCUCACGAUAAGUCACCUCGAGGUCCGCAGCCCUCCUGUCCCAUCUCCCUGUAGCCAAUGGCAGAGCUCAACCAAAGGAUCGGGCGGGAUCCAAGAAACAAAAGAAAGCCGAUCGCCUAACGGCUAACACAAGCUAUAACAUGGGCACCGUCCAUCGGGUCGGGAAAAACACACACUUCCUGCUCCGCCAGCACGCUCACUGUCACCUGCAUCUGGGUGAGGAGAGAGAAACGCCUUGAACACGGCCUGGACAGUAUGUGAACAGCCCUUCCCCCCACACACACACACACACACACACACACAUACACACGCACACACACAUACCCAUCCCAGAAGCAGUGCUGCAGCCCAGCAGAAUGGAGACGCUGGCCUGUGGAUCAGGGCCCACUGAGACUGAGGCCCUUUUCCCUCUCCGACAGCCUUUGGUCCCCGCACGUCGACCGCAGCUCGUGGCAUCCUUCUAAUCCAUAACAGUACCUCAGACCCCAAAAACAAGAUGAGACACGCAGAGCUAGAAGGACGCCAGAAGGAAGUUUGGGAUUUCCUUGACUGUUUUCAGUGAGGACUGAGCGUCCAGUGCAGCCGCUUGUAGAGCCCAGGGAAGGUCUUCUUGCUCAGUAUUGGGUGGCAAAAAAAUGAAAUCAUUAAUUUGUUUUGUAUGUAUUUAUUGUUUACAUAAUGAUGCUACUUUCAAAGGGUACAGGAACGUGUAUGAAUUUCAGGUAUGAAUUGUGUAAUGUUCUGUAAAGCCUUGGCUGUCAACCAGCUAAAUGUCCCACGAGUAGCCAUCACGCUAGUUUACAACCAACGUGCUUAUUCUUUAUUUAAGCAGCCAACCGCAAAGACGUGUCGGCGUGAACAUUUAUCAAGCGAGAGGAGAGCGAGAAAGAGGUGGAGGUAGAGCAGAUGUGUAAAGAGGGAUGAGAGAAGGACGUAGAGAAGGAAACAGAAAGUAGUAGAAGAAAGAAUCAAGCCGAGGUGAUACUGGAAAAGGAAGUGGAUGUUUAAAGGAGAAAGACAUCAGAGGCAGGACCUUUGAUCGGCCGAAGAUGACAGAGGAAGAUGAUGUCAUGUCUGAUCAUGUUGUGAGUCGAGUGCUGGAGGAAGUGAGUUUGGCACCGGUCAGUUACAUAUUGUUUAUCCACAGCAUGUACUGUAUGAGCUCUUUGAAUUCAGAGCCUUUGUAGGCGCGAUACAUUGAAAAUGUAGUUUUUUUUAUACACAAAUGGGAGAUUAUUAUAGUCAGUGGGAUCCGUCUCAUGUUCAGAUACUGGGUUUAGUUUUGUUUUUUUUCUAAACCAGGGCGAUAUGCUUAAGCUGCAUGUUACAACUAAAUAUCUUUUCACAGAGGAAGAUUGUGGAGAAGAUGUCAGGAGAGAAAAAACAGGAGGUUGGUCUGGUUUCUGCUCCGACUCGUGUUGCAACAUUGGAGAAAUCACACACUGUCAAUCCAUGAAGGGUAGUUUUCCCAGAGAUUGGCUUUAUAAGGGUUUACCUCCACCUGCUGGCCAAACACAGUCACGACGGGACAGGCGCUGAAGUCUAUGGACACAGGCAUCUCGUUGAAAAAUCAUUUACAAACAUUAUUUUGGGAGAUAUCAGUGCUGCAGCAAUCCCCUCAAAGAUAGCCCGUGAAACAUGGUCUUCUUCUUCUUCUCUGUCUGCACAGGCCUAUAUGAAAUUAAUUUUCUUGUUUUAGAUUCUGAAACUCAUGGUUAUUCUGUGUCUUAAUAUUUAUCCUCAGUGUAUUGUGUGUGGAAUACAGACUUUAUAAGAAUACGGUAGGUUUAUAUCGGAAUAAGCUGGUUAGGAAACUCCCCUCUGAACGGUUAUCAUCAUCGAGGGUUGUUGAAUAUUAUUGUUUAGCUUUCUUUUUAUUAGUUUGUUGCAAUUCUAUAGUACUUCCUCUGUAUCCUGCACUUGAUAUGAUAAUGUGAUACACUAAAAUCCAAAUGUUCAAGGCUCACGCAACAGUUUUGUGCUUUGGAGUCUGAUCAAACGGAGCAGAUUGAGGAGAUGAGAUUGACGCUCACUCUCGACUGCAGAGCUCAGUGGACGGACAGAAGUAGAGCGGUAGAACCACAACAGGCGGCGAUGUUAAAUUAAAGAUUAAAAAAAAACGAUCCCCGCGCCUCUCAUCAACCGGAAAUGAUUCUGUUUGUUUGGCGGUCGAUGUCGGGAGUUAAAACACACUUUCUGUUCUCAUGUCACACAGGACCACACCAGUGUUUGUGCAUGUUUUAGCCCGUUUACUACGGUUUUAAGACACAUUACAACACUACCAAGUCAUUUUAUUUUAUGUUUUUACAAUCACAAGUUUCCAUUUAAUCUGUUAUGGUAUUAAAAUGAACUUGUGUAGUCUUGGCAACUCCGUGAGACAGUUCAUACAUCACUGCAGACUGUAAGUCCGUGUUGGUCAAACAAAAUACCACACACUAAUAAUUUGUUGCAGGCACGAUGCGACUGGGAUAAAACACUUUCUCAACCAAGUUUCAAGUGUGUUCAACAUCAGUGUCAUACUAUUGUAGUAACCACUGGCUACCUACACGUUUGUGAAAACAUAAUACAUCAAUUUAAAACACUACCGUAUGCUUACAAAAUAAUAUAUACAGCCAGCAGUGAUGCAUUCAGUGUUUAUAUCUAAGGGACUAAAACAUGCAGACACUUACUGUGACGUCUGGAGCCCAAACUGCCAUCUUGUUUUGUUGAACAUUGCUUCAGAUCCAGUGAUGGGGGCUUAAAACUGCAAUCUGGAUCAGUGCGCACACGCACCACAGAUGUGUGUGUGUGUGUGUGUGCGUGUUGUUAUUGACGACACUGCGCACUCUUCAGAUUAUUGUCUUGUGUUUCGUGUGUGUGUGUGUGUGUUUUCUGCUUUUAUACUUUGAGUCUAUACGAGCCAAACGGACGCCGUCUGUACAUUUGUGAACGAAGAGGAAGAUUUCACCAAAGCAUGAAUGGGACAGGAAGUGAUGUCACACCUUUCAACAACUGUUAGUUUUUUCUGAUGCUCCUCGCCGAGACGCAGCAUCGUGUCUCAUCGUAGACAGUUUCCGUGUCACUGCCAUAUGAAUCAGUACUUAAAGUAGAGACAACUAUUUAUUCUUUUUUUCAAAAUCUUUGCAGAGGUGAUACUUUUACUCAUUUAGGUGUAUUAUUAUUUAAAGUACCAUAUGUAUUAACAUGUUAUGGCUGGUGACCAUACGUACAUCUCAAAUAUUAACAUAGGUAUUGUUGACUUUGACUGUUUUUCUUUAAUUUGUUGUUGCUGUUGUUGGACUAUAAUCUUGUUUGUAUGUAUCAGUGUCAUGUUGAGAUUUGUUCAUGUGAAGCUUUGGUGCCUGAGCGCUGCCGAGGGCAGCAGCCGGUCCGUUACACAUACAUCGAUCCAUGUUCAGUUACAAAGUUCACGUCAGACGGGCUGUUGGCAAACAAAACAGUGGUGUGUUGUUGUAGUCUUUGCCAGGCCAGGAAGUAGACUGGUUCAUUCUGAUCUGGAGUAUGAGCUUGGUGCUGUGGGCAUAUUGUCACCCAACGGUGUUCUCCUGAGUGGGAGAGGUGAAUACUGUAGGUUUUAAUGUGUGUUACUUUAAAGGAGAAGGGAUCAGGCUGCCUUUGUUCUCUAUUUGUCUUAUUGUCAACAAAUCCCAUGAAAAGAUCAGAUUCAGGUCGAUACUUUGACUUUCUGUCUGUGGCACUCAACACCAAAAUCCUCAAAAACAGUUUUCAGCAAACAGGAGGAAAUUGUGACUUUGGUGGGGACUAUUUUCAGCAGCAGAUUAAUCCACAUUUGGUGCUCUAGUGAAUAUUUGUGGCAGCAGGACAAUAUGUGGGUGUGUGGGAUUGAGUCAAAAUAAACUACAGUGUGUAUGUUCCUGCAAUGAAGGAACAUGUCACACUGAUGUGGUUCUAUGGCAGAGAGGAAGAAGAGAUAUCGGGCUUUGAUACAGACAGCAGCUGUUAGUGGAUACAGUCACUUUUAGUCUUUUCACGAGAUUUGUUUAUAUUAAGAAAAGUAAAGAAUGUCACCAGGCUUGUCCUUUUUUAAACAAGUUUAACAUCACGUGUUGACAUAAUCAGUAACGUUAUCAAAGGGAUUAUUGAAACUAGUACGUUUGCAGUAUUUUCUAUUUACUUUCAUAUCACUUUGCGAUGUUUGAGGUAUAAAGGUGUUGAUGGAGAACUUCAGGAGAUUUGUUUCAGUUUAGCAUAUAAACACUAGUCCUCGUCUGUGGCUCACAGCGUUUGAAUAACCUGAGUUUAUGUGAUUUUUCUAGGUGCCCUAACAGCGUAAAGUUACAUGUUUUGAGUUUAGAGUUCCAAACACCACCUCCGGUGUCUGCAGCACCUCCGGGUCCAAGAGACGUCCCUGUUCAGCGCAGAACAUCUCUGUGACGGGGCGGCGGAGGGUCACGGCUCUGAGGUCUGGAUCCACACACACCUCUUCAAACCAAAUGCUUUAUUUUUAGUUUGUCUAAAUGCUCUCAGCUCUGUGGGUGAAGGAGUGCUUCUAACGCCGUGAACACUGCAGUAUUAACAGAUAACGCCUUGAUAUUCCCCCCCCAAAAAUAAUGUUCUUUAAAUUGAGACUAUAUGCUGUUUUGUAUCUUUUAUUUUUGUCAGAUUCUGCAGUUUAGUCAGUUUAUGUUGAUAUGGGAUGCCAAGACUUGUAUUUUAUUUUUUUGUUUUUUUAAUUCAGCAUCCAUUCUGUAACAAAGUGUUACCGCUUGACUGUGCUCCUUUAUUUCAUUUAGUUUUAUUUUAUCAAAGAGCCGAUGUCCUGUAUUGACUGCAGGCUUGCGUAUAUAUUUGACAAAAGAAUAUUGUAUGUUUAAUAAUAAAAAAAA